AUGGGGGGCUUGAAGAGGAAAAUAGACACGGAGAAGCAGAUUGAGGGGAAAGAACCACGAGCUGUUACAUUCUCGAAACGUAGGAAGGGCCUUUUCAGCAAAGCGUCGGAGCUCUGUCUUCUCUCCGGCGCUCAAAUCGCAAUCAUAACUACUCCUGUUUCUGCUAAUUCCCACAACUCUUUUUACUCUUUUGGACAUUCCUCCGUGGAUAGCGUUGUCGCUGCUUUCCUCGCUGAUGAGACUCCGACUCCGACUCGGGAUGUCGAUGAUGAAAAUCUAGGGUUUUGGUGGGAAGACGAGAGUCUCGCCAAGUCGGAGAAUGCGGAGGAACUGGCUGAGGCGAUUGAUUCCAUGAAGAGGAUGUUACACGAUCUCAAGGAGGAGUUGCAAAGAGAUGAUCAACACGUACCAGUGGACGACGUGGUGGAGAAGGAGAACAACAACAACAACGAUGCUUCUUCUUUAGGUUUAGGUUUAGGUUUAGGUGUGGGUGGAUGCAACCGAGGGAUGGAAUACUUUGAUCAAAUUGAUUCUGAGGUUGAGACGACUCAAUCUCAGGCUAUGCCGAUGAUCGAUUACGUCGUGGGUGAAGGAUGCAGCAACCAAAGGCUGGACUUUGAUCAAAUAUUUGUUUCUGAGGUUGAUGAGACUCAAUCUCAAUCUCAAGCUAUGCCGAUGAUCAAUUUGGACGACGACGAGUUCUUCUCUUCUGAUUUCUUCAAUGAACUUGAUAUUGAUGCUCUAUAUGCAUAA